CUGGUCAACCGCUUCGGGAGGAGGAACUCCAUGCUGCUGGUCAACGUGGUGUGCCUGGUGGGCGGGCUGCUGAUGGGCCUCAGCACGGCGGCCGCCUCCUUCGAGAUGCUGAUCGCGGGGCGCCUGCUCAUCGGGGUGUUCUGCGGCCUGUGCACCGGCCUGGUGCCCAUGUACAUCGGCGAGAUCUCGCCCACGGGCCUCCGGGGGGCCUUCGGCACCCUGCACCAGCUGGGCGUGGUGCUGGGCAUACUGGUAGCCCAGGUAAUGAUGAGGAUCAGAGACUGGGGAUACUGGGGGCUCAGGUACAGAGACUGGGAUACUGGGAGCUCAGUCAAUGAUGAGGAUCAGAGAUUGGGGAUUCUGGGGGCUCAGGCGGGGGGAGAGGGCUGGGAGACGCAGUUUCUCCAGGCCGCCAGACCAGCCGAUCGGGGUACGAGCUGGAGCAGGUUCAGGGAAGGAACCGGACUUCAGCUUCCCUCAGAAGACAAGGCGCUGUUGCCCUUUUCUGAGGACCGGGUCGGUACUGGCUCCGCCGUUAAGCCCGGAGGCCGGGACAGCCCCCAGGGGCUUGAUGGCUCCGCCGGCUCUCGUGGAUCUGCCCCCCGAGGGGGGGGUGCUCUCCCUGACGUCAGUGUGCUGAUCCCCUGCUUUUCCCAGGUCUUCUAUUAUUCCACCGGGGAGUUCGCCAAAGCCGGCAUCACGGAGCCCAUCUACGCCACCAUCGGGGCGGGCGUGGUGAACACCAUCUUCACCGUGAUCUCGCUCUUCCUGGUGGAGAGGGCGGGACGCCGGACUCUGCACCUCGUGGGAUUGGCCGGCAUGGCCGCCAGCGCCCUGCUGAUGACCCUGGGCCUCGUCCUGGCGGUGGGUGGCGCUCUUGUGUGCGCGCGUGGGGUCGGCGAAGGGCUGCCCGCGGAGGCGGGGGGGGAACGGAGCGAGGGGGGCGGUCCUGACAGGGGGCCACAUGGGCUGGGUCCCAGGGAGAGGGGUGGCCCAGAGAUCCCGCCAUCGGCAAGCCAAGGGAAGCGUCGGGCAGAUAAGGAGGGAUUCCAGACGGAUUCCUCUCGAGAGAAGCCAUACGCUGGCACCGGACCGGCUGACCUCAAGAGGUGCCGUGUUCCUUCGGGGGUGAGAUGCCACCCUGAGGGAGUUCAGCUGUGGGCCCAGAAGGUAGAGCAGACGUUUGGCCAGUGGUUUGCCAUGCAGUCAGCGCUGGAGCCAAAAUGGCGCUGCAUCUUUUUUUUCUUCCUCCCACAGAGGCUGUGCAACGCGUACGUCUACAUCAUCUUCAUGGUCUUCCUCAUCAUCUUCUUCAUCUUCACCUUCUUCCGCGUUCCCGAGACCAAGGGGCGGACCUUCGAGGACAUCUCCAAGGGCUUCGCCGCCGGCCCCCCAGCGGGGGCGGGCUCUCCGCUGGAGCAGGCCCCCGAAGGCGUCAUCAUCCCGCCCACCAGCCCCACCGAGAAGGUGCCCAUGGUGGACCUCUCCUCUAAGGACACGGCCAACGGCCCCAGCUCCAACCUAUAGGAGGUGUCGGGGGCGGGGCUUCGGGGGAGGGGGAGGGGCUUUCGUGGGGAGGGGGAGGGGCUUCGGGGUUCUUGCUGUUGUGAGGUUGAGGGGCGCAGGUUUUGAUUGGCGCUUCCUGUGGGCCUUCGGUCUCCACCCAUGAUGUCAGACCAGGUCUGGUUUUAUGUGGCGGAGUAGACUUUCAAGUGUCCAGCCUGCAGGUUCCCAGGAGGCGGAGGGUGAGGUGGUCGAGCUACUCUGCAGUUAAAAACUCUUUCUGUUUCUUCUCACUGUCACAAUCCAGCCCUCGUUUCCAUUUUAAAAAGAAAUCACGAAGCCAUGCCCAGCUCUCUCUUGAGCGUUAGUUCAUCAAUGAGGGCCAAGUUAACGAGUUGUGCGAAGUUAAGUGCGCUGCUGGAGCAGGUCAGUGAAGUGUUGAUAGACACACCCACAUGCUGGUGAUAUAUGUUGUGUCAAAAAACAUCAUUUUUCAGUUUUCCCUAUUAUCUUAAACUAGCAGGAGCUACAGCACUGCUAUCUAUAAGAAUCUUCCCCUGUGGCCUGUGGUCUGUGGUCUC